AUCCUCAACAGCACACUAUCAUCCGAAAAUGAUCCCCACGGCUCGGUGUCUGGCUGCUAAGCAGUCCGGAUUCAUCAAGCGAAGCACAGAGGAGUUGGCAAGACUAACAAGAAUAGCAUGGAAUACGGAGGGUCUCCGAACUCCAACGAAGCCGUAUCACCUUCUUGAUUUUGAAGAUGAAGCAACCAUAGUAGGCUGCAAGACCAUGGCCGACCGCGCGGUCGGAGGCUUCAGCACUUCAAGUCUCGACUAUGUACCCGCGGAGCCUUCUACAAACACACCAGCGCAUGCCAGAUUCCAUGGAAGCAUUUCAACAAAACUUCCGAAGGACUGGAGAGUGCAGAGAACGGGAUACGCUGCAUUUCGUAAUAAGGACCGAGGCCUCUGGCUCUUUGGACGUCUGUUCUGGGAUAUCGAUCCUUAUUCCUACCUUGCUCUACGGGUUAAGUCCGACGGCCGUCGUUACACCGUGAAUAUCCAGACCGAUUCGAUUGACCAGACCGACAUCCACCAACACAGGCUAUAUACGCGGCACCAUCGCGUUAAUAAUAAAUCGACCCAUUCAGAUGGCACUGCGGAAGCUGAUGUCCUCUAUCCUCAUGGAGUCCCCUCCGCUCUUUCGGAUGUUCCUCCACCCUCUACAGUCAUAACGACCAGUACGUCCGGCCCGGAAGGGUGGGAGACGAUUCUCUUACCAUUCAACGAUUUUGUUCGGACAAACCACGGCAUGGUUAUCGAGCCGCAGACUUCGCUCCUUCGCCAGCGGGUCAAGAGCAUAGGAAUCGGCCUAACGGAUCGAGUAGAAGGGCCGUAUGACUUGCGAAUUCACCGCAUCUGGGCCACAAAUGGGAUGAGUGAGGAUGAGAUUGAUGAAGAGAGACUGAUAUGUGGUCCAAAUGCUCUACCCGUUGACGAAGGUGUCAGCACUGGUUGGUCUGCCAACCGUGGGACAGACAAAGACGACCAGGAGCUCAAUGUCGAAAGGAAAAAGCCAGAAGGGAAGAGGAAAGGGCUUCAAGGCUUACGAUCUGAGUGGGAUGAGCGAAGGAACUAG